AUGACCAACCCCACAUCAUCAAUCGACACCAACAUCAACCCCGACAUCCAAAGCAUAGCCAACCGCAUCAAAAACGGAGAAGCCACCCGCAUUGUCGUCCUAACAGGCGCAGGAAUCAGCACGGGAGCAGGAAUCCCCGACUUCCGCUCCCCAAUCACCGGCCUAUACGACCGGCUCGCGCCACUGGGCCUGCCCUACCCCGAGGCAAUCUUCCACAUCAACUACUUCUCGCACACGCCCGAGCCCUUCUACGCGAUUGCGCGGGCGCGCCAUCCGAGGAACCUCAAACCAACCAUCUCGCACGCGUUCCUGGCGCUGCUAGCAAAGAAGGGUUUGCUUCAUUUCCUGUUUACUCAGAAUAUCGAUGGCCUUGAGCAGGAUGCCGGUGUGCCCAGUGACAAGGUGCUGUGGGCGCAUGGGAACUGGAAGAGUCAGCAUUGCUACAAGUGUAGUGCGCACUAUCCGGAUCACUUGAUGAAGAAGGCUAUCAUGUCCGGUGACGUACCUUACUGUCUGCAGUCUGGCUGUGAUGGGGCUGUCAAGCCUGAUGUUGUAUUCUUUGGGCAGUCUCUUCCGGCUGAAUUUGAGGAAAAGGAAAAGGAGGUUCCGGAUGCUGAUUUGAUGUUCGUUUUGGGGACGAGCUUGAAGGUGGCGCCGUGUUCGAGGCUGCCGGGCUUGGUCAAGGGAGGUACUCCUCGUGUUUUGAUUAACAUGGAGAAGGCUGGGGAUAUUGGGAAUCGCGGUGGAGAUGUGUGUAUUCUUGGGACCUGCGAUGAGGGCGUGCGCAAGUUGGCCGAUGCGUUGGGGUGGAGAGAUGAACUGGAGGGACUGUGGGCAGAUGCAGUGGCUGCUAAAGGGCACGACGAAGAGUUGGAGAGUGGUCCUAGCUUGGAUGAGUGCAUUGAGAAGUUGGCUGCACAGAUGAAGGACCGGAUGAAGGUGUCGGAUGGGCAUAAGCGCAUGUUAGAGAAUCAUUUGGGUAACAAGUUUGCAAAUAUACUUGCAAAAGGACCAGCGAGCAAAUAG